CCUUCACCCAUUCCCUACCCACCUCCCACAACAAUCUCUCAAGUUCUUCCAGCUACGACCGCCGGAAAAUGUCACAAUCCCAGAGAGCACCGCGCGCCUCAGCACUUCCGGCCUUCCUCUCAGUCCGUUGAGCUUAGCAGGCAGCCUAGAGCACAACGAUGGCCGAGUUGGACAUUGGAAAGCACUGCCAGGUGGAGCACUGCCGGCAGAAAGAUUUUCUUCCGUUUGUGUGUGAUGGCUGUUCAGGAAUAUUCUGUCUUGAGCACAGAAGCAGGGAGUCUCAUGGCUGUUCUGAGGUGAACAUAAAAAGUGAGAAAUUAAAGACCGAUGACCAUUCAUCUUACCCAUGUUCGUACAAGGACUGCAAUGAAAGAGAGCUUGUGCCAGUGUUAUGUCCCUUCUGUGAGAAGAAUUUUUGCCUGAGACACCGGCACCAGUCAGACCAUGAAUGUGAAAAACUGGAAGUUCCUCAGGCUCGGAUGGCUGCCACACAGCAGCUUGUUAAAGAUAUCAUAGAUUCUAAGAAAGGAACAGCAGUGAGCAAAGGUCGCAGAGGUGCAAAGAACAGCGAAACUGCAGCAAAAGUUGCACUGAUGAAAUUAAAAAUGCAUGCUGAUGGAGAUAAAUCUUUGCCACAGACAGAAAGAAUUUACUUUCAGGUAUUCUUACCUAAGGGGAGCAAGGAGAAAAGCAAGCCCAUGUUCUUUUGUUGUAAAUGGAGUAUUGGCAAGGUGGUGGAUUUUGCAGCUUCGUUGGCCAACCUUAAAAAUGAGAACAACAAAGCAACGGCCAAGAAAUUAAGAUUGUGUAAUAUUGCAACAGGAGAAGCCUUACCUUCAGAUCAGUCUUUGGACAUAUGGAUUACUAAAGAAGAUUGCCCUUUAUAUAAUGGUGGAAAUAUUAUCUUAGAAUAUCUUAAUAAUGAAGAUCAAUUUUUGGAAAAUGCUGAUUCUUACUUAAAGUAGCCAUGCAAGGACAACCCACAAUCAUUAGGAAAACAAUACAUUUUGAAAUUAAUUUAUUAAAUAUUAACACUAUAUACUCUUCAAAGAAAGGUGCUUUUAAACUUAGUUCCACUGUCACAAUGAUACAUUGUUUAAUGAGUUUUUAUAUAAACUUUUUUAAUUAUGCUGAAAAUUAUGAUGAAAGUAAAUUUGGGCUGAAAACCAAGUAUCACCAAAUUCAGGUUUUAAGCAUCACUGUAUACAUGUACACAGAGAUAGCACAUAGGUCACGUUCUGUGGUGGAUAGUAGUUCUUUGUCUAAAACUUCAUCACAAGAAGUGAUAAUAAAAGACAUAGGAAUAAUAGUAAUAACUGUUUGAAAGUUUGCAAAGUGCUUUAAGAUAUAUUACUUCAUUUGAGCCUUAUUAUAGCCCUGUUGGGUCAGGCUGGGGGUGGUAGGAAUGCCAAAUAUUGGGGGUAGGGAAGAUGUUCCUGUACGAAAUCAUCACUAAAUAUUAAAUUUCAAUGUGCCAGAAACUGAAUGACAAUAGUCUUGAAGGAGGGAAGGGGGUUGUGGGAUAAGGUUAAAGGCUGGGAAGAGAAGAGGUAGGAAUUACAAUUUAGUAUUCCAAGAGGAGAGGGAACAGAAGGGAAAGGUAUAGAGGAAGAGAACCUUCCAAUAUUUAAAUCUGUGCUAAGACAGAGGUUGGGUUUCAGAAGAAAUUUGUGACAAGAGCUUAAUAGUUUUUAUUAAAUUCAAUGUAAAAAGAUUGAUUUAUCAAAAAUCUGCUUUUACAUGCACAUUCCUUGAUGUACCUACCUGUUUCCAAAAAGCUAGGCAUUUAGUCAAAAGAACACUGGUAUGAAAAUGUGUCCACUUCAGCACUCGAGUAAUUGCUAUCUCUGCAACCUUGGGCAAAUUAUUCAGUCAUGAGAUUCAUUUUUCUCAUCUAUAAAAUGGGAUUGCCCUCUGCCCCGUACCAUUUUAAGGAUCCAGUGAAAUAGUAGAAAGAGUUAUUUUUAACACAGAAUGUUGCAUAAGCUGAGGCUACAUGGUACAGGGGAUGGUGAGCCAGGCUUGGAUUCAGGAAGCACAGAUGCCUCACUACCAAGCCAUGUGGUCUUAGAGGAUUAUUUACUUGUAGGUCUUACUUUACUAAUUUUUAGAAUGAGGAGAUUGAACCAAAUGAUCCCUUAGCCCUGUUUCCAGCUCUAGCACUUUAAAGGCAACAUUAGCACUAUCUAUGGCAGCUUUAGUACAAUGCCCCAGGUGGUUAUGAGGUCAUCUUGUUGGGGAAGAGGAAGAUUAUUCAUUUUAUUUCCCAAACUCUUUGCAACCAAGUCAUCCUGAAGGAUUUAAUGAGAUGUGUACGUUCAGGGACAACAGUCAAACACAAUCUCGAAGGGACCUCAGUUUAUCUCAUGCAGUUCAUACUCCAAUAGAAAUCCUUUCUACAAUAUCGGUUCAAUUCAGCAAACAUUGUGCCAGGAAUAGUGCUUAGUGCUGCGGCAACAAAUACAAAAAUAAAACAGUUCAAGUCCUUUUAAGGAUCUUAGAAGGCAGGUUUUUUUGAAAAUCAAAUAAAGCAUCAGAGGGUUUUUACAGUGGUCAUUGACUGAGCUUUGAUGCUUACUUCUUCCUCAGCACCUUCAGUUGCUUCUCCCCUGGUGACUAGAGGAUAGAGCAGUGAGUUCCCAAGACCUUGCUUUAUAAUGGACUCAGACUUUUCCAUGUAGCAUCCUUUUCUACCAGCUGCUCUUAGUUUGAUUUUAACUCAAUGGACCUCAUAUCCCAGCACCAGGUACCUGCUUGUGGACCCCUUCCUCUCCCUUCCUUUUGAGCUGCUUUUUGUGUAUUGUUUUCCUCUAUUAGAUUAUAAGCUCCUCAAGUUCAGGGACUAUCUUAUUAGUAUACCCAGUGCUUAGGAUGGUGCUUAGCACAUACAGCAGUCACUUAAUAAAUGUAUAUUAACUAUUGAGUUACCUGUCAGUAAUAGUAUUCAAAUGUAGGUUGAAUGUCCACUUGUCAAAAGCAGAUGGAAUUAACGCGUUCAGUAGAGUUUGAACCAGACAGCUUCGCCCAAGACCACAAAGCCAGGUUGUAGCAGUGCCCAAUCUGCAACAUCAGACAACAAAGCUUCCUAGAAAAUAUACUGACAACGUGGAUGCACUGAGAAUUCUAGGCUUGCAAUGCACGAGAGAUAAAUGCACAUCCAUAUGCCACUGGUAAAUACACUGCUGCUUUGUCUACCUUUUAAGCAACCCGACAAAUAGCAUGUCAAUUAUGUGAUGAAAGAUAUAAACCAAUUUUUUGGAUUUAAACCACAGGGUGUAAUGAUUAUGUGGUGAAAUGCAGUAUGUCCUUUCUCCCAAAGAACUCAGUUUAUUUGGGAAAGGGUUAGCUAGCUUAUGAAGACUAUCAUAAAUUUAGAGGUAUAGGCUAUGAAUGUUAUAGGAGUUCAGAGAGGAAAACCAAUGGAACCUGAAGUUGUUGGGAAGUCUUUAUGUAGGAUAGGGGACUUCAGCUGGUCCCUGAAAGGAAUCAAGGUCAGAGGAACUAUGAACGAAAGUAUAGAGCCAGGAUUGAGUGUAUGGUAUUUGUAAGUGAGGGGAUCAGCUUAGAGGGUGCAAAGUAGGGGAGAUAACAUUCAGAAGUUAAAUGAUCCCUUCACUCGAGAAGAUGAGGGAGAAUUCAUAGGUAAUUGAUAGCGCCUCUAAAGGAGGUCUCCCAUCUCCUUCAUUUAGCUCUAUCUGCUAAUUCCAGUCUGGUACAUUUGUAGGAAGCACCAUUGCCCUUUAUCUACUUGAGUAUAAAACUUCAGAGCCCCUGAUAUCUGUGCCUCAUUUGAGAGCUAAGCUACUGUCUCAGUGAAGUUGACCUUGGGGAGGAGUUGCUGGGCAGCUUCCUUAUGAGUCAGAGGGACCCAGAGAGCUGGCAGCAGGAAGACUUGAGUUCAGAUCCAACCUUAGAUACUUAAUAGCUGUCUAACCCUGAGUAAGUUAUUUAACCUCUGUUGCCUCAGUUUCCUCAAUUAUCAAAUGGGGAUGAUGAUAAUAGCACCUACCUCCCAGGACUGUGAGGAUCAUAUGAGAUAAUAUUUGGAAAGCACUUAGAGUGCUCGGCACGGAGUAGGCACUAUGUAAAUGCUUGUUCCUCCUUCCCACAUGUUCUAAGACUGCAAUUUGUGGCUUUUGUCUCUGUCAUAAACUAGCAAAUCGAUUUGGGGCAAAUCACAACUCUUAAGCUUCUGUUUUCUCAUCUAGAAAAUGAGAUUGGGCUAAAUGACCUUUAAAACCUUAUACUCAAAAAUUUCAUGAUUCUGCUGCUGUCAUUGUGUGGAAAAUGUACAUAAAUUUGGGGGAGCUUCAUUCCAGAAAUUUGUAAAUAAGAUUUGCUGCAUAUGCCUUUAAAAAAAAAUUUAUUUUGAAGGUGAGCAGGAAGGGCCUACUGGAAGAAAGUGUAGGACCCACUGGAGUUUUCAGAAUAUUCAGCAUUAGACUUUAGAAAGAAGCAGGCUUUAGAUCAGUGUCUGAAAUCAGCUUAUUCCUUGAGAAUCACUUCUUAACGCAGAAUCUCAGAACCACUGGUGGUCUGAGAUAAAAUUUUGCUCGUUUUGCCUCUAUCCAGAGUUUCCCCUGGCUUGCAUCUAGACUUCUACAACAAACAAGAAAGGCUGGCAGCUUCCAGCUUCCUAACUGAUACAGUGGAUAGUGCACCAGACUUGGAAUCAGGAAGACCUGAAUUCAAAUCUUGUUACAGACACCAUCUAUGUGACCCUGUGCCUCAGUUUCCUCACCAAUAAAAUGAGUUGGACUUGAUGUCCCUCGUGCUCUCCCUACUCUACCUCCUGGCUUCCUUCAAUACCCAGUUAAAGUCCCAUCUUCUGCAAGAAGCCUUUCCCAGAUCUUAAUAUCUUCCUUUUGAUCUAUCCUGCACCUAUCUUGUUUGUACAUAAUUGUUUGCAUGUUAUCUCUUUGUUAGACUGUGAGCUCCUUGAGAGCAGAACUAUCUGACUUUUCUAUUUGCAUCUCCAGUGCUCAAAACAGUGUCUGGCACAUUGUAGGUGCUUAUUAAAUGCUAGAUAAUUG